AUGGCACAAACAAGCGGACUGCGAGUCGCACGUCGUUCAGGUGCGGACACCGCGAGCUCAUCGCGCAAGAGCGGACCGAAGAAGCUGUCACGCGCGGCGCGAGCACCUGACGAGUGGUGGCGGCCGGCUGCCGGGGCGCCUUGUAAUUUGAGCGCCGCCGGUAAUUAUUUACGUGAGAAUGGUCUCGCUCCCCGCCGAAACGAAUCGCUGAUUGAGCGCGCCGCGAUGCCGCCUCGAGAUUGCCGCUCGAGCCCCGGGGACUGCACCGCAACUACGUUUUCAGGAAUCGUUGCGUCA